AUGUCAAUCGCAGCACAAAGACACUCUCGAUACCUCCUCUCAAGAUGUUCAAAUCCUUCCACCGAGAGGAGUUUUUUCAACAGUGCCAACUUUUUAGGUUUAGUUAACUAUGUAAAUUUGUUAUAACUUUUUUUCUCUCAGGUGGCGCUUCCUCAGUCCCAGGAACGUCAAGUCCUCCAGCCAACACUGUGCCGACCAGUUACAGCUAUCUUUCCGAUAUGCUCAAGUCGAUCGCCACCAAAAUCGAAGUGAGCCUUUUUCAAUCAAAGAGAGAUUUUUUUCGACUUUUCAGGCGCCUCUGAGUUACAUUGGGACCGUUAAAAAGCAACAACCUCCCGUUAUUUCGAAAGCCGAGUAAGUUUUUAGCUAGUUUUUCAGUUGAGAUUUGAUUAUUAGAGUGAGAUUGUAAAUUUCAUUGAGAAUGAGAACAAUUUCAAAUGGUACAUAAUAGAGAAAAAAAAUCUUCUCACUUUUUUGAUCGUCGUUCAAUUUUGAAGGGCCGUUAGGAAAAGCAUCGAAACGAGGACUUCUCGAACUGAAGUUUCGAAGAAAACGCGCGCGAUCGUCAAGAAAAUGCUCGUUGCCGAAACAGUCCAGUCGCGAAUUCUGCGGAUCCAGCAGCUCAGCGAGCACAUCAUGGCUUUCCCUCCUACUCGUGUUUUGGCUGCUCAGGUACCUCUCGCCUUCUUUCAGAAAUGUGCUUCUCUGUCUCUCUUAAUUGGUCUGUUUUCCUGUUCAGCUUCUCGAGGGGUUAUUCAGUCAGAGUGGUGCGCGAAUCUUUCUAAAAAGUAGAUCAAAAGGUUUUUGAAGAAAAAGAAAAACAUUUUAUCAAACAAUGAAAUUGGUAAGACUACCUAGACACUUGAAAUUGAUGAAAAUUUUACAAAAUUUCAGUAAUUUGUCUUCCCGCCUUUUCAAUUCGAUGAAAAUUCAAUGGCGAGAACCAUAUUUUAAGUGACUCUAUUUACGCUAAAAUUCGAAAGAGAUUUUUUUUUUUUCGAAAUGGAUGAAAAAUGAAAUUUUUGAGGAGCCGCGACUUGUGGCCGACUUGUUCCGCGCCGUCCUCCAAUCCACGGACGAGACUCUGAGACAAGAAGCUCGGAUGUGUCUGACGCUCAUCGGAUACCAGCCUCCGCCCAGAAGUCGAGGUCAUUCAUUAUACUCAAACACGAAACAUAUGUGGAAAGCAGAUUUUCAUCUACUCAAGAAUUUCCAGGCGUCAACGUUCUGACUAUUGACGGUGGCGGCACGCGAGGAAUGAUGGGACUCGAGGUUUUGGAAGCGAUCGAGAGGAUGUCCGGCAAAAAGGUUUCCUUUUUUCAUACCUUUUCUAGUUUAAAAUUGUUUUUCUCUUCUUCUUUUAUGAGUAUAGUUAUCAUUUUUCUACUGCAAAGUAUUUCUUAUUAGUAGGAAAACCUUAUAAAAAUUAUUUUCUCUUCUUGUACUGAAUAAAUAUCACCUUCAAAACUGGAAGAUUGGUCGAAUUUAGAGUUUGUUAAUCACUUCGCGGAAUUUUUCCCGACAUUUUUAAGUCAUGAAAGUUUUUGUGAUCCUUCAGAUACAUCAUUUUACGUAUUUUGUUUCUUUGAAACGGACAAAUCUAGGACAACUGUCAACUAUUUUCCUGUCUGCUGUUAUUUGUGUUGGUGUCAUGGGAAAGUGCGGACGGCAUGUUUUUUUGGCACGUCGGGGGAAAAGUCACGUGGCCAGCGUGCCACGUGGCUGAAAAAUGUGGUCUCUCAAGUUCAAAUAGUGGAGGUGACUCAAUGAUGGCUGAUUCUCGAGAAGACACUAUGGAUUUCCGAGAUUUCAAAUCGAAAAUAGUUGAUCAUGUAUUCAAAAAAAUUUUUGAAAUCCAUAUUUUUUUAAUCGCUAUUGCAGGUUUCCAUUUUGAGGAAAUAAGAAAAGAAAUAAAAUGAAGUAAAAAAAUAAAAAAAUUAAUUGGUUUCAAAUUCAUGGAGGAGGGAAAUUAUUAAAAUUUUAAUUGAAUUUUUUUGUAUAUUAUAUCAAAUGUAUGAUGAAGUACCCACUCUACAGGAUGAAAAUAGAAAAGAAAAUUCUUUCUAGCUCGUUUUUCUGUCAAAUAAAACCAUCAAAAAGCGGAUAAAACUAAAACAAAAGUGAUUUUGAUAUUCCCAGCAAUUUUUCUGCUUCAGAUCAAUGAACUGUUCGAUUUGAUCUGCGGCGUGAGCACUGGCGGAAUCUUGGCCGCUCUGUUCUCUUCGAAGAUGUACACGGUCAAAGAGUGUCGCGAAAUUUACAUGGAAAUUUCUCAAAAGUAGGAAACCGGCUGUCCUUUCUCUGAUCGAGUCGAUUUCUUCCAGACUUUUCUCUCAAGGAAAGUUCCAAGGCGGAUAUGGCCUGCUCACUUCGCAUUCCUAUUACAACACGACUCUCUGGAUGUCGAUUUUGAAAGAGGUCUGAACCCUUUUUCGGUUCAUCAUUCAAUCGUUAGUCUCCAGAUCAUCGGAAACAACUUGCGGAUGAUCGACACCUCUAAGGCUUUGAAUGCGCCUCGCCUCGCUAUCGUCGCUUCCAUCGUCAAUUUCCCCACUAUGCAGGUACCUUUUCCUUGAUUCGAAGGAACUUUGAUGUUUCUUUUAAGCCGUUCAUCUUUCGAAAUUAUGAACAUCCAGCUGGUAGGGACUCGCACUACCGUGGUGGCGCCGAACACCCGCUCUGGACCGCUGUUCAGGUUACUUUCCAGCUAUUUUUUGGUAAUAUUGUUUCAAACUUAUCAAAACCAUGUUUUGUUAUUUUUAAAAUCAUUUUAAGGCUUCCGCCGCCGCUCCUUUGUACUUCGAAGAAGUGAAGCUCGGCAACUUUCUCUUGCAGGAUGGAGGUGUACGUUUUUUCAUACGUUUUUUUUUGUAGUUUUUCGUAUUUUCAAACAUUUUCUCAUUUCAUUUCCAUAACCUAUUAUAGGUUUUCGCAAAUAACCCGUCUGCCAUUGCGAUGCACGAAGCCAAGCUCAUUUGGCCUACGGAAAACAUUCAUUGCGUGGUUUCAGUUGGAAACGGUCGAUCUGUAAGUUAUUUUUCUCCUUUUCUAAUAUUUUUAUUUUUAUCUUCCAAACCAUUGAAGAUUUUUUGUGAAAAGGCAAAUUGAAAAACAAAAUCAGAGAAUUCAAUAAAUCAAAAUUGAGAUUGAGAGGCGGAUUAAAAAAAUGUGAUUUUGAACAUUUUCCGUGUUAUUUUGGAAGCUUUUCAAAGGUUUCCCUUCGAAUUUAUGUGCUUAAGAACAAUUUUUGUAGGGGCCUUGAACCAAUUUCAACUUCGAAAAUGUUAAAGAGAGAUAAUGAUACUUAAUAUACAACAUUGAGAUUUAUUUUGGAAAGAUUUCCGGUAUAAAAAAGUUUUUUCAAAGGAUUUUACUUCUAACAAUCAUCAGAAGAAGUUCAGUCACACGUAAGUUAUUAACAGAAGCAAAAAAAUGAAUUGAUCAAUGAUUCCGUAGGGCCUCUGCCAGUAAGAUAGAAAGUAAGAUAGAAAGUUAGACACUGAGUCAAGCCAUUCGAAAAGAAAAACCUUAAUGCAGAUUAUAUUAUUGUAGAUUUUUAGGUCCUCCACAUGGACCCUCCGACGACGGUGAUGUCGACGUCGUUCCAGAGCAAAUUGAUGCGAAUCAUCGAUUCCGCGACCGACACCGAAGCCGUCCACAUGUGCAUGCACGACAUGCUCGACCAGAGCGUUUACUACCGGUUCCUUUUUGGCAAAAUACUUUUUGAAAGUUCUGAAGGCAAACAGGAAAAUUUCAACCGAUGACUCUUGUUCGUUUUCUGCUUGUUAAUCAUUUCUGAAGAAGUUUUUGGAGGGGAACUUUGCGAUUUUCUUGUUUUCGUCAUUUAAAAUAUUUCAAGAAUAUAUAUUUGAAGUCUAUCUCAUAUUUCAACUUCUUACCCCUUUUCAAUACUUUCUCCGUUCUCCAAAAAGUUUUAAAACAAAUCUAGGUAGAAAAAGUUUAAAAAUUACUUCUAUGAGCUAUUUUAUUUCUAAAAGAAGAAUCUUAUUUGUUCUAGUUUCAACCCGUACAUGACGUUCUCCUACGGCUUGGACGAGAUCCAGAAAGACAGGUUUUUGGUUUUUCAAAAGUCAAAAUUCAUGAAAUGUCCUAUUGCAGGCUAGUACAAAUGCAGAACGAUGCCAAGCUGUACGUCCGUCGAAAUUCUCUGAAAAUCGAGGCCGCCGCUUUACGCCUCACUCAGGUAGACCCUGAGUCUCCCAUCAACUUCAAAGUUCCUUUUUUUCAGGAGCCGACUCUUUGGCAACGCGCCCAACGGUCUUUCACCCAGUUCAAAGACCUCAACGGAUAUUAUUCGCCACAAUAG